AUGAAAUUCUCCCUUGUUGCCGCUCUUGUUGUUCUGCUGGCUGUUGCCCACGGCUCUGAGGCCGUGUCGCUGGUGAAGCGUGACGCCCAGUCUGAGGUGGACAAGAUCACCGACUUCCUCAAGGAGAUGUCUGCCAGCAUCACCAGCUCCACCCAGGACGUGGUGGAGAAGCUGAAGGCUCUCGAGGUGACCAACACUGCCCAGACUUACAUUAAGGACGGCCAGGCCAAGAUCCAGCCCCUGGUUGACAACGUCCAGGCCGAAGCUGCCAAGCUGCAGGAGCAGGUCAAGCCCUACAUCACCAACAUCGACGAUAAGAUCACGCCCCUGACCGACGACUUGCAUGACCAGGUCAAGCCUCUGGUGGACAUGAUGCUGAACCUCUUCCAGCAGGUGGUGAACCAGACCAAUGCCCUGCUCCCCCCUCAGUAA